UUGUUAAAACCGACAUUGGGUGAAAAUUGCCGUUUUUCCUUAUUUUUAUAUUGUUUUUCCCAGAUAAGUAUUGAGAAUUUUAAAAUUUUCCUACCGAAUGCACCAACUAGAUUCACUUUCCCAUCGAACAUGAUACUCCUGAAGAAAAUCGAUGUAGUUAUACUGCCUCGAGACAUGAUGACAGACACAAAAAUAAAGAAAAAAGGUAAAAAAAAAAAAAAAAACACAACGCUCCACUCAGAAUCUAAAAUGUAAAUAAUUAAUUGUGUUCUUUUUUUAUAGGCCUUAAACCCAGAACUCAGAACAACAAAUUAAAAUAGUUUCAGAAAACAUCAAAAUCAAAGUUCAAAAAUAUAUGAAAAAAUAUAAACCUUUUGGCUUUUGCAAAUAUUAUAAAGCAAUUAAUAAAAAAAAAUCAGGACGUUCACCCGAAACAUUGCGACUCGUACGAGAUAUUUAGAAUCGUGUGUUCUACGUGCCAAUAAUAAUGAAAACCAUAGAUCCUCUGUUUCUUUACACAUCUUUAUUAAUAUCAUUAUGUUCAUACAAUGUUUCUGCCCUCUGUGGAAACAAUGAUCAAAUUUAAGACCUAAAAACUACCUUAUUGAUCCAUGAAGCGACCUUCACGGUAAUGACAGGCCUGAGCGCAAUACCAAUAACCGGUGCAGCUUUAUCGGCUGUGCAUGUUAUGUCGUCCACUCGGUUCGCAGUACAUUUAAAAGAAGCAUUCGAGACGAUGGAAAGCUCUUUGAAUAAGACUCAUGAAAACUACCAAAAAUGUUCGGAAAUGUUGGAUAAGACGAUAACGGCAACUACAGUGAUCAAGACAACUAGUUUUGGGUUUUCUCUUGCUGGAAUGAUACCGGGUGUCGGUUUAGCACUUAUACCUCCGAGGAUAACUGAAUCGUUAGCUGCUAUGUUAGUUAUAAGAGACGGUUUAUCAUUUUGGCAAAAUAACGGUUGCCAAUAUGCUACGAGUGAUUGUAAUUUAUAGGUGAAUCAAUAAUUAAUGUAUAUUGAUGAUAUGAUUUAAAUAUGAUUUGAUU